GUCAUUUUUUUGUUUCUUGAGGUGUAUUCUUCAACAGUUGAUAAAGUGGUUUGUUUUAUGUGAUUCUUUGAAGUGUUUUCAAUGAAUAUGGAGACAAAAGGUAAAGGUAAUGUUUAUCCUUUUAUAGCCUUCUCUUAACAAAUUUCCUUUCACUGUGAAAAAAUAGACUUUGAAUUGAAGAUUGAGGAUAUUUUUGAGGCUGUCGCGAGCAUCCCAUUCAAGAACAAGAAGUAUGAAAUUGAAAAAUUUGUGAGCACCAUGUUAAAUGGAGAAUUAAAGGAUGAUAAUAAGAAGCUAGUGGGACGUUUGUGGAAGCAAUUUGAGAGGAGGUGGGCUGCCGCUCACAGGCACCCGGAAAUUUUUAAGAGGGACAACGCCGUUUGGUUGCAAUCAACUAUAAAGUUCUGUUCUUCAGAGGAGAUUGACAGUAAUGUCGUUGACAAAGGAGGCCGGCCAUCAGUGCCAUUUGAAGAAUCCUCCCUCCGAAGCAAAAGGAGGAAAACACAAGAGUUGAGAAUAAACUACAGUUCAGAAGAAUUGCAGUUCUCAGCAAAUAUGCGUGCACGAGUAGAGGGGAAAUUGACAAAACAGUCGGGGUUUGAGGCCAGGCCACUCUCUAAAAGUGAGGCCUUGGCCAGAUAUGUAGAAGCGAAGAUGACGAGGCACUCUUACAACAUCUUUUACGAACCUGCCAAGUCGAUCUAUCCACCAUACAAAAAAAUUCAAGAAGCUAAAAAGCUGUGCUAUCUUCCACAAAGCAGCAGUAGUGUUUCGGAGACCGAGUGUCUCUUGGACUUACAAAUGCUAUUGGAUCACACUGCCAGAAGAAUUGUGGAAGUUAGUGAUAUAAGUGGACUAGGCCAACACGACCUCCAAUUAUUUUGGAAGUGGGGAUGCGAUGGAGCAACAGGAAUGAGUGAAUACAAGCAGAAGUUUUUAGAUCCAACUUCAAGCGACUCCGCAAUAUUCAUGACCUCUGCUGUACCGUUAAAGAUGUCAGCGUGCAGUGAUGGCCCAGAGAUCUGGCAGAACCCCCUACCUGCGUCCCCAAAGUGGUGUCGACCUAUACGCAUCCAGUAUGUCAAAGAAAAUUCAACGGUGGUCCAACAAGAGUAUGAGCGAAUGAUGGUGGCAAUAGAAAACUUACAGCCAACUUCACUUGAUGCUCAAAAUUUUCACAUCACUAUUAAGCAUCGGAUGAUGUUUACAAUGGCUGAUGUGAAAGUUUUGAACAUAAUAACAUCUACUCCGUCCAAUAAACACUGCUAUGUGUGUGGGGCCAGUACGGCUCAAUUCCACAAGUUCAGGGACAUCCAAAACCUCACCCCGAUUGAUUCACAUUUGAACUUUGGCCUUAGUCCACUUCACUGCUGGAUACGAACAUUCGAAGCCAUUUUACAUGUCGCCUACAGGCUCUCCUUUAAAAAAUACUUCAAAAGACAUCAUGAGGAUGAGUUUAAAGCAACAAAACUUCGCAUCCAGCAGGAAUUUUUUGAACAGUUGGGGCUGCAUGUGGAUAAGCCAAGACCAGGAUCGGCCAAUUCUAAUGAUGGAAAUACCGCUAGGCGGUUCUUUGCUAAUCCACAGGUUUCUUCUGAGAUCACUGGCAUCAAAGAAGAGCUCAUUACACGAUUGCGGAAUUUGCUCUUGGCAAUAUCCAGUGGGAAACUUCUGGACCCAGGAAAAUUCGAAAGAUAUGCCAUGAAAACCGCAGAAAUAUAUGUGAAAGAGUAUGGAUGGUAUAAAAUGCCUCCUACUCUUCACAAAGUCCUGUUUCAUGGACACCAGGUCAUUGCGAAGAGCCAAUUUCCUAUCGGGCAUUUGUCUGAAGAACCGCAGGAAGCUCUCAACAAAGAAGUGUACCGGAUUAGAAGAAAUAAUACUCGCAAAUAUUCGAGGACGGCCGCAAACCAGGAUCUGAUUAAUGGUUUAAUUGUUGGGUCAGAUCCUGUAAUCUCCCACUAUCGCUAUCACCAAAUGGAGAAGAAAAAGACAGAAAAUGUACUCCCAGAAGACGUGCAAGAUUUAAUAAGAACCUAAAUCAAAAAAUAUAUUGAAAAGGAAAAUCAAAAAUUAAUUUCUUUGUUUUUAGUAUUUAUUCACUCUUUCACACACAUGUGACGUAGAAAACUACCACACAUGGAUAAAUGGUUUAAUUGUACUAUGGAUAUUCUAAAAGCAGACUCUUGAGGAGAAGAAACAGAACAAAAGAGGUGGCAAUACGUUACAGCUUUGAAUUUGAAUUUGAAUUUGAAGUUAUUUAUGCCCAAAAAAUACAAAGAACUUACAUAGCGUAAUUUUCAAACCCCAUGACAUAAAACCUUAUAACGUGGGACUUUCACACAUAUUUUACAUAUUUUACUCCGGAUUCCUUAUUCACACAUAAAUUGUUUAUAAACACCUUUUUAACGU